UAUUUAUUUUCGAAUUGUUUGUUAUUGUUUUGCAUCACCGCGUAUUGCACUAUUUCAAAAUUUACUGUGAUUUUAUGACGCAAACCGGGGAAGGUGAUCCGGUCAAGGAAGGUCGGGAUGAAGCUGAACCUCAAGCGAGUGCCGUUCAACCGCCAAUUCACCGGGACAGUACGGAUUCGCUAGCUUGUCGAAUUUGUCAGAGUGCUACCGAAAAGUUACGCCUGAUAUCGCCCUGUCGAUGUAAGGGAUCACUUCGGUACGUCCAUCGAGAUUGUCUGGAGCAAUGGUUGAGCCGGUCCGGAUUGUCUUACUGCGAGCUCUGUUUGCAUCGGUAUCAAACCUAUACCACGUUGAGGUACGGCUGUCUAGAAUCCCUUUGCGUGUGGUACCGGCACCCAAGUAAUCGGGGACUGUUGAUAUCGGAUGCGCUGAUCUAUGUCGUCCUGUCAUUCAUCUGCUUCGUCCUGACGAUGAUCUGCAUUCUGGUGCUGCGUUUCCAGCAAACUGACCGAGGAAAUACGCUUCAGGAGACACUUGCCUCGACGGCCGUUGUUUGCUUUCUGCUGCUGGUGCUAAUUGUGUACCUAACGAACAUCGUCGUCCUGGCCAAAGAUCAUCUCAUUCCUUGGUACAGAUGGUGGCGUUCCGCUCAAAGGAUUCGACUGUCCGGCAUUCAGGUGCUGGAACAACAACAUCAACCGGUGCAGGAGGAACCCGUUUCCCAGAACGUGGCUGAUACCCCGGUCUAAUUAGUGAGCUCUGAGAACUGGAAUAGGUUUUCUUUUUUAUGGUUUCAUAAGAAACAUUUUCUAGAAAAAGUUUACAGUUUUUCUGGUACGAAAAUAUCACAUUUCGAGGCAUAAAUCUCUGACAGGAAAACAGGAAAUAGGUAUGCUGUAGGUUGUGGGCAUGUAUGGUAUUGUUAUUCAUUCGUUUCGAAUAGAUCAUCGGUGAAGUAACAGAAAAUUUUGAGGUUUCAGAGCAUUGUGAGCAGUUCAAUUGGGAAUAU